AGUUGUCAAAAUAUUCAAAACAAUAGGUUACAAUUCGAAUUUUUGUAAAAUGUAUAUUUAAGAAUAAUAAUUUAAUUUAAUUAGUGUGAUUCGACAUGGGGGGAUUUUGGCUAUUUUUUAUCGUACUUUGUCUUUUAUUUUUUACUUUAUCGUGGAUACUACCGAUGAUUAUUUCCUGGCAUUUCGAGAAAAAAUAUGAUGUGUCUAUUAAAAUCGGUAGGAUAGGAUUGCCUUAUUUGAAAUUAUGUGAUAUACACUUGACAAAAAAUGGAUUUACGAUCCACAUAGACGAAAUCGGUAUCAAAAGUAGUUUUUUAAAUUCGGAUUUAACAAAAUUAGUUACCUUAGUGGUGAGAGACGUCAGAAUUAAUAAAGAUUUAAGUUCGAAAAUUGUGGAUACUUCAGUUACUUCAGAAAGUAUAAUAGAUUUUAGGGAGAAACAAGUACCGCAUUUUAUCAAUAGUUUUGCACAAUUUAUGGCUGUCCAUGUUUAUAAUAUAUCUGCAAUAUUACUUCGUUCCGAAUCACCCGGAUAUCUAGUACACGCUACGGCCAGUGAAUUACACUUAGACGGUAGUAUUUUGAAAAACGCAAAAUCUUUAUUGGUCACGUUAAACUUGACAGAAGCAGAGGUAAAAGUACUGAGACACGCCGAACAGCAAGUAAAAGAAGCCAGAUUAGCAGAGUUCAGUUUCGGUAUAUCUUUAGAAACCAUCCUACUAGCUCAAGGUCCAUUUUCUGUCGAGAAAUUGCAUAUUAAAAUGUCUCAAAGUAGUGCGGUGAUUAAUGGAGCUUUCUACACAAUAGCUCGAAAUCCUAAUAACGAUGAUGAAAAUGUUUAUGUUGUAUGUGAUAAUUAUGGUAAAGACGAUGAUAUUUUCCAGAGGUUAUGUCCUAUAAUACCAAAGAAUUGUUCACUCUACAUUGACGACACUAGUUUGACUGGGGUUAAAUAUAACGGGCAAAUAGAAUACAAUUCCUCUCUCAAAUCUUUAGCUCUCAAUUAUCGUUCGGUAUUUGCAGAGGAAAAGAAUACUUUGAACGAUAAUUCUUCUAUGCUCUUCAAUUUCUAUUUGGUGGAUUUGCUGCUCAAUAACAGCAAAGAGAAAAUUUUGGAAUUGAAACAAUUUAAUAUAGAUGCAAAGUUGAAACGUUACAUAUUAAAUAUAUAUCUACAACAAAAUAGUUUGCUUCUUACCUAUGAUCAUAAUAUAAUCCACAAAUGGGUGUGUACUAAUUUUCCGGAAAGCGAAUCCAAGUUUCCACCACUUAAGCUUAAUAAAAGUAAUGGUAAUAAGGAAAUCGACAAUAAGGAAAUGAGAAUAGCGAUAAAGAAAAGGACUUUUUUGGAAAAGAUUAUUGAAAAAUUGAGUAUUAAUUUUUGCGCAGAACUUUCCCAAGUUUUGGCUGUAAUUAGAAUAAAGGAUCAAAAUUCGUCUAUAGGAUUUAAUAAAAUCAGAUUAUUAUUAGAUCAGUCACAAGAAAAAAGAGGAGGUUGUUUUAAAUCCUAUUUACUGAAUCUCAUUUUACAAGACCGUCAUUGGACAGUAGAAUUUUUAGUAGAAUCAAUGUGGUGGUCAUUCAAAGAAUCGAACCAAAAUAUGAACGUAUCCAAAGUGAUGCACAUUUGGGGCACUCCUUUAUAUUUGGGUAUGGGUAUAAUUAAAUUUAGCAGCGCCCAACGGCAAGAGAUAAAAAUGGAAUCUUUGUUGGACAUUGUGCAAUUGGAAUGGUCUUUGGAUUUGGCAGAUUAUGUAUUGAUGGCGUUGAGAUGUUUCAAUGAAUACGGAAAAUUAAAUGUUAAAUUCCCAUCACCUAUAAAGGGACAAAAAGAAAAUGAAAAUUUAAAAUUUUGGCUUCACAUCACAGUCACACAUUUUAAUUUUUUUCUGCAAUCUCAAAAUAGAGAAUAUUUUGUGACGAGAUUAAAUACGAUAGGAGUCGAAAAAUCACCUUCAAACACAAACGUAAAAUUCGAAGAGUUGAAAUUAUUUAGCGUAAACAAUACCGGCGAUUGUUACACUUGUAUUAGAACCGAAGAUAUUUCGAAUUACAAGGCUUUUAUUAAAACAACUUGUUUGGAAAUUCGGGAAAACGACGACGAUAUUCGAGAAACUACUAUUACUUUCCUGGAUACUAUCGUUAUAUAUUGGUCGACGAAUUUUCACAUGAAAACUUUACUUUUCAUCAGAGACGCCAAGGAUUUUUGGAUUGGAGUAAAAGAGGAGUUGGGAGUUGUUAGUUUCGAUAACGGUAAAGAUAAAUAUAUAAAUAAUUUGAAUAUAUUCGGAAAAUUCGAAUUCCACAUCGACAUCAGUCUGGAACACAACGCCAAAAUUUCUUUAGACGAAUUGAUAUUAAUGAGAAAAUUACUAGAUUCUAAUAAACAUCCGGAAAUUCAUUUAAACACCUCCGUAACGAUAUCUAUCGAUAAUGCGGAUAUUUUCGUUAUACAGGGAAUAAAUUUCCAUCCGAUCGAAAGUCAUCCUCUUAUCGAAGCCGAAAGAUGCGACGUGGAAAGUUUCUCAAUGGCUUUUAAUAAAACGUGGGGCAUUUCCAUAGAUCUUUUCAAAGCGGUUUUUCCCUACGAACACAAUUUCGCGGAAGCUUUUCAGAAUCGGUUCGUAUCCGUCUUUAAGUGGUUGAAAAUUGUGCACCGGUUGAAGAAGGAUAAACCGAACGGUUCCUUACCAAGUGAUUUAUUGAUUAACGUUAAGGAAUUUUUAUUCGAAAUGAGCGACGAUCCGUUCGAGGUUAAAUUGCGCGAUAAUUUCGAACUUUUAGAAGACGAAUUUAACGAAAGUUUGAAAAGACAAAAAAUGCUCAAGGAUAAGAUUGCCGAUUUAUUGAAGACCCAUCUGCACAUGCCGGCCGGUAAAGUCGAAGAAUUAUACGCGACUUUGAAAAAGAAAAACGCGGAAAUUUACGUACAGAGAUCGAAAUUAAUGUACAAAGCGGCGGCGCCCCAAAGGACAAGAUUGUUCGCUUGGAGUAUGACCAACGUCGAAAUAUUGGUUCUAGCGGAUCCGACGAUUUUCGGUAGGGAAAACGUGAUAAGGACAAUGAGGGAAAUCGAUCACGAAACCCCCUGGCCCGAAGAACAAAUGGAAUUUUCGACGUUGUGGUGUCGCGUCGUAUCUUUCAGAUGCGCCGAAUGGAAAUUUUUAUUGAGAGAUUUUCCUCAACCUCUGAUGAAUAUAAAAAAAUGUUAUAUAUGCGGACAGUUGGUAGGUGCCGAACAGGUGGCCCCUAAACGGGCGAUACGAACAGUGGCCGUGGAAUUGGGGGAACCGUUCGAACCUUAUAUAAUCGAAAGGGGGAUGCUUCCAUUGAAAUAUUAUCACGAUUUUAAUUGCGAAAUCGAAUCGUUUAGUUACGCUUUCGGGCCUUGUUGGGAACCAGUAAUCGCCCAAUGUAAUUUGAAUUUUAAUCAAAUAUCGGCGCCGUCCAGAGACCCGUCACCCCCAUUAUCGUUUUGGGAUAAAAUGAGACUUUUAUUACACGGAAGACUUACGAUGGUCGUACAACAAUUAACGGUGUUAUUACACGGUUCUCUCGAUCCUUACAAUACCACCGAGGAAAUGGCGUUGACGUGGGAAAAAGUCGUAAUGGAUUGGACCAACGCGAAAUUCGUAUAUAAAGGAGAUUUAAACGUUUACGUUAGAACCGCUUCGAAAUACGACGACGUUCAAUUAUUAAAACUACCCAAUUUGAAAUUGAUAUUGGGCAUACAAUGGGUGUGUCUCGGCGAUCCCAACGACCAUCACAGCGUCGUACAAUGCGCCCCUGAUAAAAUACCGGAAUAUUCCAGUAAUCAAGUUCACGAUUCGUUUCGAGCGUUUCGAUCGCAAAACGUCAACCUCAGUAUAAUUUUAGAAACGAGACCGGUGAAAAACGAACCCAACAGUUGUCCGAUUUUAUUAUUGUACGGUAGUACUUUGAAAUGGAUCGAAAGUUUGAAAUUGAUUUUAUCCGGCGUAACGAGACCGACUAAAAGGGGUCGGAUAUUUAAUAAUUUGAGACCGAGAAAAAUUCAACUUAGCAGACAUUACAAAAAGGUUCAUCUACUCAUGGGUUUGCACAAAUUUCAAGUUUGUUAUUGGAUGUCGUUCGCUAUGCAAAGGGGUUGCGAAUUAUUCGGCGGUCGGUUGUCGUCUAGUGCGGAACAUAGUUUAUCUUUGGUUGCGAUUGAUGACGGUUUGAAACAUCGACCGAAAGCGGAAUGGUCGGUAGUUUAUAUGAAUUCGGAAUUGAACGAUUUCGAAAUUUGGUUAAAGAGCGCUUUGCAGGACGAAAUGGACGUCGAAGUGCCGUCUCCUCGACAACCAGUCGAAAAAUGUUAUUGCCUAUCGGUGGCGAAAGUAUCGUACGGUAGAGAAACGGUUUUACCGAAUCACGAAAGAAACAAAGACGUUCCCACGCACCGAUUAGUCGUUUACGAUUUGAGAGGAGCGUGGACUAAAAGUAACAGAAACGUGGCGUUCGCUUUAUUCGAUACUUUUAUGAAAACGAUGAGAAUGAAGAAGAAUUUGUCAACCGACGCUUUGAAAGGAUUCCGAAAGGACAACGCGACAACGCCGUUAAAAAGAAGAAAUACGGAUCCGUCGAGUACUCCCCCGAAUGCUUCGAUACAAGCGAUUCAAUCGGGAACAUCGGUACAAGAUACUCCCUCUUCGAUAAGUAAGGUACAAUCGGGUCACGCGGCCAAUAUGCUGCAACAAUUGAUAGCCGAAGCCGAUAACAAUUCCGUCGUCUACAGCGACGAUCUGUCUUCGAUAUCCAGACAACAACAUCUGCAAGGGUUGCAAGCUUGCCAGGAAGACGACGUCCUACACAAAAAUUGGCAAAUCGCUCUCGUUAACGCCCAGGUAUUAUUGAAAGGUUGCGAAACCAAAGGUUACGUAAUAUUGAGCGCCGCCAAAGCUGAAAUUGUACAGAGGAUCCAUAGACCGGCUUGGAAGGACAGGACCUUGGUAUCGAAAACUACUUGGGUGGGAACUUUGGAAUGCAUGCAGUACUACGCGACAGUCAACGCUGGAGAAAACGACACGGCCGAUGAGAACAUAAUGUGGUUAACUGUCGAUAACAUCCAAGAAAAGGAAUCUGCGGAAAUUUCGGAACCGUCUCAAGUACCGAAUUUAGUGGGUAGCGGCGUUUCCGUUGGGGCCGUUGUCAGCGAUACCGUCGGACCUAGUUCGUCGAGACAACUGCAACGAAUAGUAUCGAGAUGCAAAUGCGAAUUUUUUUACGCCGAUUACGGCGACAUAAGCGUAGAUCCCGAAGGAAUCGGGGAAAUUCCGUCGCCGCCGCAAGAGGAAGUCGGACCGUGGGAAAAUAGACAAUCGACCGCGGACGCUUUUACGUUGAUGCAUUACGAUCUCGACGUUUGCACGAAUUCUUUACAAUACGCGAUGUUGUUGGACAUUGUAAACAAUCUGUUGCUUUACGUCGAACCGCACAGAAAAGAAGCUCUGGAGAAAUUGGCGAGGAUGCGGUUCAAACUCCAAUUACAUACGGUGGAAGAUCAGAGGAAACCGAUUCAGAACCAACAGACUUUAGUGAGAAGUACUCAGAGUAAAUUGAGGAGAUUGGAGAAGGAAACUUAUUUGGUGAAUAAAGCUUUGGAGGAGAGCCCGGAUGAUAUCGAAUUGCGACAGGAAUCGGAUAGAUUAGAAAGAUUGAUGUACGAUUGUAAAAAUCAAUUGAACGCUCAAAGCGAAGAACUGGAUAUGAUGUUAUCGUGUUUCAAGGAAACGCAAUUAUUGGCGAAUUCUAGAUUAGCGACCACCAGAAGCGAUAAACCGUUGACGGUCGUUAGAGCCAACGAAAUCUGCUUCAAACACGCCCAAUGGAGAUUGACCGAAGCGGACGGUCAGAUCGGUAUAGCGGACUUGGUGUUGAGCAAUUUUUUGUACACGAAAAAUUCGAAGAGCGACGAUUCCGUUGAACACUUGAUGGAAUUGGGUUAUUUGAGGAUGACAAAUUUAUUACCGAACGAAAUUUAUAAGGAGGUUAUUUGUCCGACUGAAAUUCAAUUCGAUAUGCCGAUCGAACAUAAGAAAGUAUUGAGGAUAUUUUGUAGAGAAAAACCGCCGGUUGGAGGAAUUUCUGUGAAAGAGAUAUUCGAAAUAAAUCUAGUUCCAUUAACUAUAGGGUUGACCAAAAAAUUUUAUAUUACGAUGAUGAAAUUCUGUUUCCCUGAAAGGGAAAGCGAACACAACGAUUUUAACGACAGAACCAGCGAGGACGGAGAAAGCGAACAAAAAGGAAAGAAAACUAAAUAUAGAAAAAAUCGAGAGUCGAAUUUUUACGUACACAUCGACGACGUAGAAAAAAUGAAGGAAAGGGCCGAAAAAAACAAAUUGUUCGUGUACAUUAAAAUUCCCGAAGUACCUGUAAGGGUUAGUUACAAGGGAUCGAAAGAAAAAAAUCUGGAAGAUUUGAGAGAAUAUUCAUUGAUAAUACCGACACUGGAAUAUCACAAUAUGACCUGGACUUGGUUGGAUUUACUUAUGGCCAUAAGGAACGACAGUAAAAAAGUCAUUUUGUCCCAGGCAAUUAGACAGAAGUUGCAGAUAAAAAGAAAUACAGCUUUCGCUGAUGAAAGUACGACUCCUCAGGAAGAAGAUAAAGCGAGAAUAUUAUUCGGAACUAGACACGCUCCCGAAAAUAGAAGCAUCAGAAAGGGAGUGUUCCGAUUUAACAAAUGAUAAAACUGUGAUUUGGUUUAGGGGUGAUAAUAAUAUAAUUGUAUCAGUAUUGUUUAAAAAAAAUAUCGGUGUGUUUGUUUAUUUAUAUAAUAUUUAUAUUUACAUAAAUAUUAAUUUUAUGGUUUAUUACCAAUUGUAAAUUAUCAUAUUUGUGAAUAUAGAAAUUUGUUUAUGCACUUUAAUAAAUAUUUUACUUAUUCGAAA